GACGAAGUCCGUCAGUCUACCACGAGGCGCGGCCUGGAGGCACUGCUCCGCCCAAAAGAGCGCGGAAAGCGGACAGAAGAAUUUUGUGAAGAAGACAAUAACUUGGCCACUUACGGAGUGUCCUAGCUAAAACACUUCAGUAGAGUAACUCGGCGAGUGUGUAAAUGAGAAGAAAAUGAAGUGCACAUGGUGAGAGCCGCACAGACCACGGGGCAGACACGGCGGGGACAGCGAACGUCCCGUUGGAGAAUGCCGCGGCCAGCGAACACCAGCGGAGCAGAGCCGCCCAGAAGUGGAGUGCGGCUGUUGCCUGUAGUGGACUUGCCUCGUUGGCGAUGAAAGCGAGGAACACUGCGACGUGCCCACGCGCCGCCGUGGCGUUAGUUUUGUUGCUCCUGGCGCUGCCCGCCGCCGUCAGCGUGCGGGCGCUUCUUGCCUCGUCCUCCGUCCGGCCGCGCAGUCACGCCGCCCACUGGGAGGAUGCGGAGCAAUCGACGCUGCUCUCUGCUGCGCGACUGGACACGGCGCGCUGCAGGGCUGCCUGCCUCUCACAGCUUGCCAAUUCGAGUGCUGCAGACCACUUCAUAGACUGCCACAUGUCUCAAGAAUGUAACCUGUGCUGGCAAACGUGCGAACUCAUCGAGGCGAACUACCCUGUCUGGGGCAACAUGUGCCAAAUUGAAGACAUUUGCUUCGCCGGGUGCGAAGUCGCGUGUGCAUUUCGGGAAAAUAUUCCUAAAGGAGCCAGUUCGGUAGCCGGUAUCUUUCACCGAGCACCUCGGGUCGAGCGAAUAGGACAACAUUUCCAUGUAACCUGGACGAGACCUGAUGCGAUGCGCACUGCCAGUUCGUCAGUCCCCCUGGUGUACAUUCUACUGGAGAGACAAAGUCGUAGUGAAAGGAAAUGGGAAGAAAUUGGUCAGACGCAACACCUCAGCGCGACGCUUUCCAGACGCAACACGCCCAAGCUGUGGGGACUCCGUGUUAUGGCCGUAGCAACCAGUGGAAUAUGGGCGGCAAGCAGAGUGACAGAGUUGCCGUCAUUGCAGACCAGUGCCGGCGGCGUCUGGGCCGCUGCGGACGAGGAGGCUCUGCAGUCCGACGUGGCAGCAGAGCCACGUGUGCUAAUUCCAUGGCCGCCCCCACAGCUGCUUUCUCUGCGUCCAAGUACAACCCAAGGGCUGCAAGCGCACAUUGCGUGGCGUUCAAAUUAUGACCAGGAGGCCCUCAGUGACCAAAAGUUUGAGCUGACUUGGAGACUUGACGACGGCGAUAUAGAGCUAACUGGCCGACUCUACACGCCCGAGACGGAAGCCACGUUUCCAGUUUUGCCAGCCUCCACUUACACCGUGUUUGUUCGACGACUUGACGCAUCCGGGGGAUUCGUGGCCGCCAGCGAAGUGCUCUUCUUGGACACAUCCACACGGGAAACGGAAGCAAAGCUGCUGCACAGCUCGAGAGGACGAUGCGUGCGAGUGGAAAUGAUGGCCGCUUGCUUGUCCGCCGCUUCAGUUAUGGCGGUUGUUUGCGUGGCGUCUGCCGUCUGCAGAAAGAGCCGGCGCUCCCGGUCACAUACAGCAAUGAAGAAAACGGCAUUAUCAGCGAACCUCAAAGACUACAAGUUUGUUCCUGGCUACGUUCCUGAAAGCUGCAGUCACCUCCAGUGUGAUCACCCAAGAAGCUGCCGGCUUCCUUGCAGUUACAAUGAAAAAGUCCCAGGCCUACAAGUUGCCUUCAAAGAAGCCAGUAGCCCUGAAGACGGCACUUACUUUGUGUUUGACCUACGCUCAUCUUGAGCAGUGCACACAAACAGAAUUGAUUGGCUCUACUUAGAUAUAUGGGCUCAAAUGUGGAGCGCCAACAACAUCUGAAAAGAGCAGAACUGAUUGCCUCGUAUUUCUCUUCAUCCCACUUUUCUGCAGCAAGCAAAGUUUAACCACAUUUAUCACAAAAAAAAAACAGGACAGGAAGUAACGUUCUCUAUCUCCUAAAAAGAUUAGAAACAGCAUGAGCCAAUGCAUCUGAAGUACUGUGAAAAUUUUCUGCAAAACUACUUUACACAAACCGCACUGUGGUGCGAUUUUGUUUCGAUAAUGCUCAACAGAACGACAUUCUUUUUUAUAUUUUGCUUUUACAGUUGCUGUAGAGCUCAAAGGCAAAAGAUGAUGAUAGGCAAGUUUGCACAUGGCUCUGGAUGUUAGUUGUGCGACUGUAGGUGUCAAACAUUAUUAUACUUAGCGAAACUCCCUUACGCAAUGCCCUUUUCGGGCCUAUAAGGUAUUUUGAAUAAAUAAAUAGGUUAGCACAGGAAACGAGGCACUGAUCAAAAAAGGACCCCAUUCUGACUGUUUCCUUUUUCAUGUCUUAGCCCUUUGCCCAACAACAGCUGAUUGCUGAAAAAGUUACGCUCUGAAUUUUUGUGUAAUUAUGUGAGAAAGGCCCUUUAUGGAGCGGAAUAUAAACUUCAUGCUUGGACAUUCCAAUUCCGAACUACGUUGUUUG